UCACACUUUUCUUUUAGAAUAUCAUCGCAUAUAAUUUUUACAUUUAACCGCUUAACAAUAAGUAUUCAAAUCUUCACACGAUUAUUUCCCUUUGCAUUAACAACAACUCCUUUUCAUCCAUUCACAACAAAAACUGUUUUUUUUCGGGGAAAAGGUUAAUAACGUGACAAACAACAACACGUAUAAAGCAAGCUAUAUACCGGGUCAACAGCUGGAUACUAGCAGCACGAAUACACGAGUGACAAACGAGUUUCGCCAUUUCUUCUUUCAAGUUACCCGCUCCGGAGUUGUAGUGGAAGUGGCGAUCCGUGUCGUAGGGAAACAUGUUUGGCCGCAUAAAAAAUUGAAUCUCGAAACCGUGAACGGACACCGGUGUGGUAAACCGAGAACAAGAGGCGGAAAAAGAGAAAUGGAUGCGAUCAAACCUGGAUGGUUCAGUGAAAUUAACGAUCUGUGGCCAGGUGUAUCAUUGUCCCUCGAGGUCGUCAAGGUACUCCAUCGAGAACGAUCGCAGUAUCAGGACGUGAUGGUGCUCGAAACGAAAUCACAUGGAAGGACCCUAAUUUUAGAUGGUAUCAUUCAAUGCACGGAGAGAGACGAGUUUUCGUAUCAGGAGAUGAUUGCUUUCCUACCAUUGUGCAGCCAUCCAAAUCCAAAAACUGUUUUGAUAGUUGGAGGUGGAGAUGGCGGAGUUGCUCGUGAGGUAGCCAAACAUCCACAGGUAGAACGGAUCGUGCAAGUGGAAAUCGACCCAAAAGUGUUGGAGGUAUCGAAAAAGUACUUGCCCUCGAUGGGUGUCGGACUGGAUCAUCCUAAAGUCACGCUUAACAUAGGCGAUGGUUUUCAAUUCUUGAAGCAACAUAGUGGGCAAUUUGACGUUAUAAUCACCGAUAGCAGUGACCCAGUCGGUCCGGCAGAGUGUCUAUUUCAAGAAUCAUACUUUAAUCUGAUGAAAAGUGCAUUGAAACCAGGUGGAAUCGUUUGCAGUCAAGCGGGAACUGCAUGGUUAAAUCUCGAUCACGUGACACAAACGUUACAACGUUGUAAAUCUUUAUUUCCGGUUGCAUCUUAUGGUGUUGUUUCCGUGCCUACCUACCCUACAGGUCAAAUUGGAUUCGUGCUCGGGGGAUUAAAUCCUGAAACGAAUUUCAAAGAGCCAACAAAAGUUUUCAACGACACCGAGCUUGACCAGAUGAACAUGAAAUACUAUAAUGAUCAAGUGCAUCGAGCAGCAUUUAUUCUUCCAAGGUUUAUAACAAAAGCGUUGGACAAGGCACUCGCUAAAAACUAGUCAUCGAAUAUCUCUUAAAGAAAUAAUUUAAAACUUUUUUUUAAAAUUGAAGACUUUUAACACAUCGGAAAUAUCAUUGUCGUCGCUUAUUAUUCAACUACCUCGUAACAAAUCGUGAAAUCAUAAUAUCAUCAAAUAUCUUAUAUCGUUUCAAUCCACAUUAUUGAGUAUAUUUCGCAUCAACUUUUUUAAUUGUUCACAAAUGAUUUCACAGAAUAAUUAAAUAAUCCAAUUAAAUAAUUUAAAUACCCUGUUAAAUUCUUUAAGUCCUGAUUUACGUAUUUUUUUUCUUUUUUUUUUUUACCAAAUUUUUGUAUCAAAUAUUCGAAAAUUAUUCGAGAAAUAAAUGUUCUGAAUAUUUUUAUGUAUAAUUUUUCUAUAUUGCAAUCAAAUUCUAUAGAAUAUUUAUAGUUUCACGAGUAAGUAUCGUAAGGACUUAAAGAAUUAAAAUCAUACAUACAUAUCGCACUUUUGUCAUUCAUUACACAAAUAAUGAUAAAGAAAUGGAAACACACAGUUUCCAAUGAUCCACGACAAUGAAAUGUUAGAAACUCUUUAUUAUUUUUUAAUAUAAUUAGGGCUAAUACCUACAUUCGAGAAUAGUCGUUGUAAUAUAAUUAUAAUAAAACAAUAUUCAUCGUCAUAAUCAUCUCGUAGCUGUACGUACAUUGUAAUUAAUAAUAAUAAUAAUAAUAUUAAUAAUAAUAAUAAUAAUAAUAAUAAUAAUAAUAAUAAACCAAUAAUAUAUCUAAUAUAAUAAUAUAAUAUAAUAUUACAACUCGUAUAACAUUCCACGAUAAGAUUUAAUCGUAUUAAUUGUAUUAAAUACAAUGGAUUAAAAAUAUCCUGUAUAUAAAUCUGGAUUGUCAAAAAACAAUGAAUACAAAGUGUUUUAAAAUUUGUAAAAA